CAGAGACACACACACAGACACUCUUAUUCCACACUCCACUCUAGAAUGUGAAUUCUAUUUUACUGUGUGUUAAUAUCUUCAGACACACGAGAUUCUAGCCACCUGAAACCAUGCGUCUUUUGGAGAUGAAAAGCCCUGGCGAAUUCAACCUGGCCAAGGUUGCCACCCACGACAUCUUUCCCUACGCAAUACUUUCGCAUACUUGGACGGGUGAAGAGGUCUCAUACCAAGAUCUAAUUAGUGGUGCUGGGAAAAGCAAGUCUGGCUACGAGAAGAUUACGUUUUGUGGAGAACAAGCGACUAGAGAUGGCCUACAGUACUUCUGGGUAGAUACUUGUUGCAUUGACAAGUCUGAUCCAGCUGAGCUUUCAAAGGCUAUCAAUUCGAUGUUUCGCUGGUAUCAGAAUGCAAAGAAAUGCUAUGUAUACCUUGCAGAUGUUUCGAUACCUAGCAAAAACGCAGACGCUCAAACAUCCCAGAUCACGUGGGAAGUGGCCUUUCGAAGAAGUAAAUGGUUUACGAGAGGCUGGACACUUCAAGAACUUAUUGCUCCAGCCAUGGUCGAAUUCUUCUCUAAAGAGGGCAAGCUACUUGGUGACAAAAAGUCACUUGAAAAGCCAAUUCAAGGCAUUACCCAUAUUCCAGUUCAAGCUCUGCGAGGGAACCCUUUCUCUGAUUUUAGCAUAGCUGAGCGGAAAAAAUGGGCAGCACAACGCCAGACAACAGAGGAAGAAGACAUCGUGUACUGUUUGUUAGGUCUCUGCGAGGUAUCUAUGCCAACAAUUUAUGGCGAGGGGAAGAUGGCCGCGCUAAAAAGGCUCGAAAUGACAGUAAAGGGCUUCUCUCAGGGAGAGACCGAGCCGAGAGAUCUUAAAGGUGCGGCAGAUCUAACGUGAUUUGGCCUGUGCUAAUUACUCUUCUAUAGACAAUGUUGUUCCGUUCAUCGUCCCAUUCGACAAAAAUCCCAACUUUACAGGCCGUAAUUCCCAGCUUACCCAACUCGAAGAAAUGCUAUUUAGGGAUCGUCGAACCACGAAGUUUACAGUUACAGGGCUUGGGGGUGUAGGAAAGACCCAACUUGUGCUUGAACUUGUCUACCGAGUCAGAGAGAAGUAUAGGCAUUGCACGGUUAUCUGGAUACCGGCGACCAACGUGGAAAGUCUAUAUCAAGCAUAUCUAGACGUCGCCCGACAGCUCAAGAUCCCCGGUUUAGACGAGGACAAAGCGGAUGCAAAGAAGCUUGUGCAAAGUUACUUGAGCAAGGAAAGCGCGGGUCGGUGGCUUCUAGUGUUUGACAAUGCUGAUGAUGUGAAUAUGUGGAUCACCCAAUCUGGGCCAGGAUCUAGUCGUCUAACCGACUACCUCCCACGAAGUGAGCAAGGAUGCAUCGUCUUCACGACGCGCGACAGGAAGACCGCUGUUAAACUUACACGACAGAACAUCGUAGAAGUACCGGCGAUGGACGAAGACGUAGCGAUACAGCUGCUCCAGAAGUGUUUAAUUAACCCGGAUCUAGUUGAGAAUAAAUCAGAUACAACAGCUCUACUGAAAGGGCUUACCUACCUUCCGCUUGCUAUUGUUCAGGCGGUAGCAUACAUCAACGAGAAUAGGAUCGCGUUCGUGGACUAUCUAUCUCUUCUUACAGAACAAGAAGAGGACAUUAUCGACCUCCUUAGUGAGGACUUCGAGGAUGACGGGAGAUAUGACAAUAUCAAGAACCCCGUGGCUACAACGUGGCUUAUCUCGUUUGAGCAGAUUCGCCAUCGCGACCCUCUCGCAGCCGACUACCUAUCGUUUAUGGCUUGUAUAAAUCCUAAGGACAUUCCCCAAUCUAUUCUUCCAGCAGGAGCAUCUCGGAAAAAGAAGACAGAUGCAACCGGGACACUCGAAGCCUACUCGUUUAUUGUUAAGCGAUCGACAGACCUGGCUCUUGAUCUCCACCGACUAGUACAUCUUGCAACGAGAAACUGGCUUAAGCAAAAUAACGUAAUCACCCAAUGGACUGAAAAGGCGAUUAUGCGAUUAGAAGAGGUCUUUCCAAAUAAUGACUACCAAAAUAGAACUAACUGGAGGAUAUACUUGCCACACGUACGUUGCGUGCUCAUGUCUGAUGAAGCUAGCAAAGAUAAGGACACCCGGAUUACUUUGUCGCGGAGAUUUGGGCUGUGUCUCCUUAGCGAUGGACGAUAUGACGAGGCUGAGGCACCGUUUGUGGAAGUAAUGACAAGGCACAAGAGAGUUCUUGGACAUGAGCAUCCCUCCACGCUGACCAGCAUAGCCAACUUGGCUUCGACAUACCGGAAUCAGGGACGCUGGAAAGAAGCUGAAGACCUGGAGGUGCAAGUGAUGGAGACGAGGAAGAGGGUGUUGGGAGAGGAGCAUCCCUCCACGCUGACCAGCAUAGCCAACUUGGCUUCGACAUACCGGAAUCAGGGACGCUGGAAAGAAGCUGAAGACCUGGAGGUGCAAGUGAUGGAGACGAGUAAGAGGGUGUUGGGAGAGGAGCAUCCAGACAUGCUGACCAGCAUAGCCAACUUGGCUUCGACAUACCGGAAUCAGGGACGCUGGAAAGAAGCUGAAGACCUGUUUGUGCAAGUAAUGGAGACGAGGAAGAGGGUGUUGGGAGAGGAGCAUCCCUCCACGCUGACCAGCAUAGCCAACUUGGCUUCGACAUUUUGGAAUCAGGGACGCUGGAAAGAAGCUGGAGACCUGUUUGUGCAAGUGAUGGAGAAGAGGAAGAGGGUGUUGGGAAAGGAGCAUCCCUCCACGCUGACCAGCAUAGCCAACUUGGCUUCGACAUACCGGAAUCAGGGACGCUGGAAAGAAGCUGAAGACCUGUUUGUGCAAGUAAUGGAGACGAGGAAGAGGGUGUUGGGAGAGGAGCAUCCCUCCACGCUGACCAGCAUAGCCAACUUGGCUUCGACAUACCGGAAUCAGGGACGCUGGAAAGAAGCUGAAGACCUGUUUGUGCAAGUGAUGGAGGCGAGUAAGGGGGUGUUGGGAGAGGAGCAUCCAGACACGCUGACCAGCAUAGCCAACUUGGCUUCGACAUACCGGAAUCAGGGACGCUGGAAAGAAGCUGAAGACCUGGAGGUGCAAGUGAUGGAGACGAGUAAGAGGGUAUUGGGAGAGGAGCAUCCCUCCACGCUGACCAGCAUAGCCAACUUGGCUUCGACAUACCGGAAUCAGGGACGCUGGAAAGAAGCUGAAGACCUGUUUGUGCAAGUAAUGGAGACGAGGAAGAGGGUGUUGGGAGAGGAGCAUCCCUCCACGCUGACCAGCAUAGCCAACUUGGCUUCGACAUACCGGAAUCAGGGACGCUGGAAAGAAGCUGAAGACCUGGAGGUGCAAGUGAUGGAGACGAGGAAGAGGGUGUUGGGAGAGGAGCAUCCAGACACGCUGACCAGCAUAGCCAACUUGGCUUCGACAUACCGGAAUCAGGGACGCUGGAAAGAAGCUGAAGACCUGUUUGUGCAAGUAAUGGAGACGAGGAAGAGGGUGUUGGGAGAGGAGCAUCCCUCCACGCUGACCAGCAUAGCCAACUUGGCUUCGACAUACCGGAAUCAGGGACGCUGGAAAGAAGCUGAAGACCUGUUUGUGCAAGUAAUGGAGACGAGGAAGAGGGUGUUGGGAGAGGAGCAUCCCUCCACGCUGACCAGCAUAGCCAACUUGGCUUCGACAUACCGGAAUCAGGGACGCUGGAAAGAGGCCCACAAGCUAAUGGAGGAAUGCGUAAUGUUACGGACCAGAACCAUAGGUACUAAUCACCCUGACACUUUGUCUUCUCGUACAGCAUUACUUGUAUUGGAGACAGAGCAGUUAUAUUAGUGCAUUUCUUGACAAAGACCUAGAUGUGGAGUAAAGUCUCUCUACUCGUACGGCGUAACACUGGGAUUUCUUGAUUUUCCAACUGGUGUCCUCAAAAUUUGGAACUAUUAAUUCUCUAUAGAACCUUUCUCUGAAAUUUUAAGAAACCCCGACAGUCGCAAUUAAGCAGGACGGAAUAGUUAGAAUGGCCAUCGGCAGCAUCAACGAAACGAUUAAUAGCAUGAUCAACUACAGUCUUUUUCAUAUUUCCCACCUUUUUUGUUUUUUUGUGUGGCUUCCUACAGCUUGAUUACGGGCAGAAGUAAAAGUGGAGCAGGGAUUUCCUCCUUGAGCAAGAGCAUGUUAGAAGAGCAUCUUCGGGGUGGAAUCGUGUAUGGUAGGCUGCGAAGUCUCCGUGUUAAGAGGUUCCACUACCCCACCCACCUACAACCAACCUCAGGGAGGGUUGGGACUUUCAAUUAGUCAAGACCUUUAAUUUACCACAAUUGUGAUGGCUUAACAAAGCGACAUUCCAAAAACACCCAAUUGAAUAGAUUCUCAAGUGAUUAUGACUGGCCACUCUUUGCAAUAUCUAGUGUACGGCGUAACUUCCCUUCUUCCUUCCAUCCAGUAUCGGUUCCUCUCUAUAUC